CUAAACGUUUAUUAUAAAUAUUAAUUGUUAACAAAACUAUAAAAUAAAAGUGCAUACGGCUGCAGUUCGAGCUAUUAACAAUUAAAAUGGCUAUGCUUGCAGAACCGCGUCGCCGCAAACGGUACAACUUGUGUCCGCGCGGCAAGGCGCUCUACGAAGAUGAUACGCGUUUUGGCACAAAAAUGCUCGAAAAAAUGGGCUGGUCUAAGGGUAGAGGUCUCGGUGCGAACCUGGAUGGCUCUCAGGAAUUUGUGCGUGUGCGCUUCAAGAACGAUGCCGAGGGCUUGGGCUAUGAGACGCGCGACGAUCAAUGGACCACGCACGAGGAGGGCUUUAAUGGUCUACUGAAAGCGCUUAAUGGAGAUGUCGACAAUGAAGCAAAUGGCAAUGCAUCCGCUUCCGAAGAAGAAACCCGGCCCAUGGGCUUUGGUUUCAAGGCAGCAGCUGCUGCUGAAGAGGCCAAGCCCAAGACGCUGAAGGAAAAUAUCAGCGGCAUAUCGCUAGAGGAGAAGUCGAAAAGCAGUAAAGCUCGUGUGCAUUACAAGAAAUUUACGCGUGGCAAGGAUCUGUCACAGUACAGCGAAAAGGAUCUGGCCAACAUAUUUGGCAAGAAGGCUACCGAUGAUAUUGAGACGCCUGUCCAAAUUGUACAACAGCCGGAGGAAGAAGAGCAGCCCGUGAAUCCCAACUUUGCAGGCGUACACACGGUGAGCACUGGACUCUCUGUAAACGAUUACUUUAAGCAGAAAAUGGAAGCUAUGAAAAAGAGGCUAUCGUCCAAUAAUAAUCCCAACGAUGCCUCAGCUGCUGAAACGAAUACCUUGAGCAACGAAGCAGCUUUCACUCCAACUAAAAACGAAGAGCAGUUGCCUAAAAAGAAGAAGAAAAAGAAGGACAAAAGCCAGAAACAGGAGGAUCAGCCAGAAGCUAUACUGCCAGCAGAAAUCGACCAGAAGCAAAAGAAGAAAAAGAAAUCAAAGCGUGCUGCUGAUGAGGAUGCGGUUGAGCUAGAAAAAGAGCUGGAGGCAGAGGAAGCCAACCCUCCAAAGCGCAAAAAGAAAAAGAAGGAUAAGCAAGAGGUUGCAGAGGAAACGCCAGCGCCAAUUGAACCCACUGCAGAGGCAGAUGAGCACAAAAAGAAGAAAAAAUCAAAGAAAACUGAAGAAAUUAUGGUGGAAACGCCAGAGGAAAAUGUGCUUGACAAACCUGCCAAGAAAAUCAAAAAGAGUAAAACAGAAAACAAAGAGGAGCUUAUUGUAGAAGAAACAGAAUUUAAUGAAAAACCCGCCAAGAAGAAAAGCAAAAAGAGUAAAACUCAAAUCCACGAAGAGCCCAUUGAAGAGGAAACCACGUCCAAAACUAAAAAGAAGUCGAAAAAACAGGUCGUCGAUGUGGAUACACCGCCGACAGAGGCAACAGCCAGCACAGAGCCUCCACCUGCCAAGGCGAAGAAAACAACCAAGACGCACGAAUCCGAAGUAAGUGCAGCAGAAUCUGAUAUUGUAUGCUCCAGCGAUUCGACGGCAGCAAAGGAUAGCGGCGAACUCUUAUCAAUGGAGCAAUUAAUUGAAAAACAAAACUCAUACAAUGUAUUCAAAAUCUCUUCAUUUUGUGCAGAAAAAUUUCACAUAUUAAAUAUGAAUGCAUUCAGGAACGCUACGCUGGCUGAAAUAACUGGAUACGCGCUCGACAACAAUAUCGAACUGAAGAUUGUGGAGCUGAAAAACGAUGCGGAGCGUAUUUUAAACCUAUGGGAGGGUAAACAGGACAAAUAUAUGGCUGUCAAGAAUAAAGUACGCUACAUUGCCAGUAAAAUAAAACAUCAAAAAUUGAAGCAGGCGGAUAUUAGGAAAAUAGUUAAAGUUAAGGCCUUCUCAGGCAUCUAGAGCUCAGGCAAUAUACA